AUGAUCAGGAACCUUAAACAAGACUUCUUGUGUCGCUACUUCUUGUGUUGUUUUCACGGUAUUUCAGACUUUGGAAAGUCCAGCGGGCCUUUACGUAAUGAAAUCAGUACGAAGGAAUCAUCAGGAACUGCAAAUUUACUAAACACAACUGGCUCAAAGAAGGGCCGGAAAACAGUGUUCCAUCCUAAGGAAUCAUACAGCUCAGGAAAGCACUCUACACAAAACUUGGACAAUCCAGUGGAAAAGGGACAUCCUAGUGGUGCUCUCCUCAGUGUGCCCACUGGACUUCGAGUUGGCCCAUCGAGCAUUCCGGAAGCUGGGCUUGGAGUAUUUAAUGAAGCAUCUGAUCUGCCUUUGGGGUUGCACUUUGGUCCUUUUGAGGGCAAGAUCACAGAAGUGGAAGAGGAAGCUGACAGUGGGUACAGCUGGCAGAUAGCCAAGGGCAGGAACAGCUAUGAGUACGUGGAUGGAAAGGAUACUUCUUUGGCCAACUGGAUGAGGUAUGUGAACUGUGCCCGCAAUGAUGAGGAGCAGAAUUUGGUGGCCUUCCAGUACCACAGGCAGAUAUUUUACCGCACCUGCCAGGUCAUCACACCAGGCUGUGAGCUGCUAAUAUGGUAUGGGGAUGAGUAUGGCCAGAAGCUGGGU